AUGAAGGGACAAGACGUUGUGUGUACAAUUGGCAAAAGCAUCCUUUGUCCCAAGCUCCCUCAUCUUGAAGGCGGGCGCAGCCACAAGCGGAGCAGCCGGGCCCGCCGCAACUGGGCCCGCCGCAGCCGGGCCAACCGCAAGCGGAGUCAUGAGGGGUCGAUGAUCAGUGCCAUCAAGUUUAUCAUCGCCCUUUUUGUUGACUGCAACUUUAAUGCCCUGGCAGAGAAGCAAGCUGCAGAGGCCAAGGCCCAAAAAGCGGCUGAAGAAGCAAGAGCUGCCGAGGAAGCAAAGGCGGAUGAGGACAGACGCAAAGCCGAAGCAGCAGCUGCAGAAGCAGCUGCUUUAGAUCCUGCCGAGAAAAAGAGAAGAGAAAAAGAAGCAGCAGAGCGCAAAAGGAAGCAGGACAAAAAGAAGAAGCUGAAGGACAAGAAGAAGGCAGCGAAAGCGGAGGAGCUGAAAGCCUCAGGUCUACCGACCAAGGGCAAGGGAGGAAAAGGCGCUCAGGGAGGUGCCAAGGGAGGUGCGAAGGGCAAAGCUGGUGCGCCUGGACGCACUCCUGGCACUGCAAGCAAAAAGGAUGAGGAUGACAUGGAGGUCGAUUACGUGAUACCUGAAGUUCUCGCUGGAAAUGACCAGCCCGAAGACGAAACCUUUGCGGCGAUCAUGGAAAGGUUCAAGUAUGUCGAGCCAGAGAACAAGGAGGAGCCGGAUGAGGACGAAGAGAAGCCAAAGAGGCGGGCCAAGCCGAAGGCAUCUCUUUUGGAGGAAGCCGAGGACAGUGAAGAUGAGGAUCAAGAUGGUGGCAAGAUUUCCAAGAAGAAGCGACGAGUUCAGAACCGAAUGUCUGUCGCGGAGCUGAAGACCCUGGUCAAGAGACCGGACGUGGUCGAAGUUUGGGACACGACGGCAUCGGAUCCUCGACUCCUGGUGUACCUGAAGGCGUACCGCAACACCGUCCCGGUUCCCAGGCAUUGGAGCAGCAAACGAAAGUACAUGGCUGGAAAGCGUGGCGUCGAGAAGCCCCCCUUCCGACUGCCGGAGUUUAUCGAAGCCACCGGCAUUGCCAAAAUCCGGCAGGCCAUCAUGGAGAAGCAGGCAGACAUGUCGUUCAAGCAGAAAAGUCGAGAACGUGUCCAUCCGAAGAUGGGCAAGUUGGACAUUGACUAUCAGGUUCUGCACGAUGCCUUCUUCAAGUUUGCAUCCAAGCCGAAGCUGUCGAAGCACAAUGACAUGUACUACGAGGGCAAGGAGUACGAGACCAAGAUGUUGACGAAGAGGCCCGGCCAUCUGAGCGCUGCCCUGAAAGAGGCACUUGGGAUCCACGAGGGGAGCCCACCGCCUUGGCUUUUCAACAUGCAGCGCUAUGGGCCGCCUCCGGCAUACCCCAACCUGAAAAUUCCGGGGCUGAAUGCACCAAUUCCGCAGGGUGCAGAGUAUGGAUAUCACCCUGGCGGAUGGGGGAAGCCGCCUGUGGAUGAGUUCGGCAACCCGUUGUAUGGUGACUGGAAGGACCAGGCACCUGCGCCAUCCGGUCCGGAGGAUGCGACCCUCUGGGGUGAGGUGGAUGAUUUUGAAGAGGAGGAGGAGGACGAAGAGGUCGAAGAGCAGAGGGGAGAUGGCACUGCCACCCCAAUGCUCGGCACCGCCACUCCGCUGGUGGGCUCUGGCUCUGCAACUCCUGUGGUGUCACAUGGGGUGCACAGCAUAAGUGGCGUGUCCUCGAUCACCAGCGGCAUGGACACGCCUGGGACGGGCACGCGAAGCAAGAAGGGCGGAAUCGCCUCAGUGAGUGGCAUUAGCUCGGCCUCCUUGACUCCAACUCCGCAGCUCUUCCAGGUCCUCGAGGAGCAGAAGUCGAGAUCCGCGAAGAAGGGCGUCUACCCUACCUCGCACACUUACAAAGUUGGCAGCAGGAGUGGAGGUGGCUCCUCGACGCCAGUUGGAGGUGUGGGCAGCUCCGGUACAGGCACUCCGGUGGCUGGCAUUGGCACUCCGAUCGGUGGCAUUGGUACCCCCAUUGCAGGCAUCGGCACCCCGCACGGAAUUUCCACGCCCCAUGGCAUUGGCACCGGAAUGGGCACCAGGACACCUCAGGGAAUAUCAACUCCACUGGGCAUGGGUUCUGCAGGCCACGGAACUGGGACCGGAACGGGAACUCCCGGCAUGGGCACACCUGGUGCCGGGACUCCCAUUGGCGGGAUUGGCACGCCCGUCGGGGGUGGUGUUCACACGCCGGUUGGUGGAAUUGCGACCCCAGUCGGUGGUAUUGCAACGCCAGUAGGUGGCAUCGCCACUCCAGUGGGUGGCAUUGCUACACCAGUUGGUGGGAUAGCAACGCCAGUCGGCCAGCACACACCUGCGGGAAUUGCCACCCCCGCGGGCGGUGUCUCCACCCCCACCGGCAUUCCGGGGGGCAUGGCGCCGACACCAGUUGGCGGAGCAGACACUCCUGGCCCCGUGACCAUGAAUCUCAAUCCAGAGCAGGUCGAGACAGAAGGCAUUCUCACGGCAGACAUCAUUCGUCAGCAGCUCAAGCAGCACGAGGAGGCCGCCGCCAAGGCCAAGCUGGCAGCCGGCCAGAAGGAGGUGGAGUCUCAGAAGAAGACGGUGGCUGCGAAGCCGACCAAGAAGCGCAAGGAGAAGACGAAGUUCAAGUUCUGA